UGGCGGCGAUCGCGCGUUGGGCGGGUUUUGGGGGCGCUGCCGUUGAGACCGCUGAGACCCCCUCGACCUGCCUGCAAAAAUCGAUCCGCAAAAGGGAGUAGUGCAGUAGAGAGUUCUUUCCGUGAUGUCCUCGCUGGUGGAAAUUGAAAUGUGCCGCUUUUACCACUCGUGUGUGUUACACUAGUCAAAAAGUGUCGGCCCUGUGGACUAACCUGUGACUUCGCCAGACUAUCAACAUGACCAAGGACAGGCUCGCCGCCCUAAAAGCGGCACAAGGGGAAGACGACGUUUCCGUCACAGUAGAAGAUGGGGCAAAUUUCAUGGAAGAAUUCUUUGCAGAGCGCAUAAGGAAGGCAUUCCGGGAAAAGGUGGAGGAGAUUCGUGAGAAUAUCGACAAAAUACAAGCAAAUGUCGAAGAAGUCAAGAAAAAACACAGUGCCAUUUUAUCAGCUCCACAGACUGAUGAGAAGGUCAAGCAUGAGCUGGAGGACCUUAUGGCCGACAUCAAGAAGACUGCCAACAAAGUACGGGCCAAGUUAAAGGUCAUGGAGCAGAACAUUGAGCAGUUGGAACAGACGCAAAUGAUGUCCGCAGACUUCAGGAUACGCAAGACACAGCAUUCAAUGCUGUCUCAGAAGUUUGUGGAAGUGAUGACAGACUACAACAAAACCCAAACAGAUUACAGGGAGAGGUGCAAGGCUCGCAUUCAGCGGCAACUAGAAAUCACUGGGCGUAUGACAACCAACGAAGAGCUUGAAGAGAUGUUGGAGAGCGGGAACCCUGCCAUCUUUACACAAGGAAUCAUCAUGGAGACGCAGCAGGCGAAGCAGACGCUGGCUGACAUCGAGGCCCGGCAUGCAGACAUCAUCAAGCUGGAGACGAGCAUUCGGGAGCUACAUGACAUGUUCAUGGACAUGGCCAUGCUCGUAGAAAGCCAGGGAGAGAUGAUCGACAGGAUUGAAUACCAUGUAGAGCAUGCACGGGACUACAUCGAGACUGCCAAGCAGGAUACCAAAAAAGCACUCGUCUACCAAAGCAAGGCCCGAAGGAAGAAGAUCAUGAUCCUGAUCUGUGUGGUGAUCCUGGUGAUCAUCCUGGUGUCCACACUGGGCAGCUGGCUCGGCUUGUCCUAAGGACAGGCCCCGCCUGCCGCCAGGAACAGCGCGCCCCGCUUCCCCACCUUCUCCAGCGCUCUCGCCGCACUGUCCGCCCAGAGAGAGGUGCCCGCGCGGCACAGGCCAACACCCGACCGACGACGACCCAGCAGCCUUGCGGAGAGGAGGCGGGGGAGGAGAGACCCGCCACCGUGCAACAACACGGACGUCAACAACCACCACCACCACCACCACCCCUCCCCGCACCCAGCGACGGCCAGGGCACAGGGACACACGACAGGACGUGGACUGCGGGCGGCGGCGACGAAGUUCGCGCUGUUCCUCUCUUCCGGUGCGCCACAGCGCUGCCGCUGUCCCCCCGUUCCGCACGCGGUAGCUACCACGAGUUUUGACUCCGCUCGUUCGGCGCGUUCUCCUCCCACCCGCCGCACUGCGCGUGGUUGUGUGUGUGUGUGUGCGCGCGCGCGCUGUGUGAAACUGGCCGCGUACGUUAAAAAACGACCGUGCCUCUGUGCGUGCCACGAGGCGCGGCGCCCAGGUAUUUAGGAAGGGAAGAUGCUGCACGCCACGCCGCACGCGCCCGAUGUAUACAUUUAUAGGCCGGUCACACCGGAACUGCGGUAGCGGUGAAGAACGGACGGAGAGCAACUCGGGGUUUCCUUUUCUUUUCUUUUAUUACCUUGUUCUAUUACUUACUUUUCUGGACGUUAUACUAGGCGUUUCUUCUGGACUGCAGCUAGAGGUACGGGGGUAAUGGAGACUUGCGCGUGGCUUUGUGUCGCAGCACUUCGUCGCUGCUUCUUGGUCUGCUCCUGCGAGCGGCUCGGUGUCUGUCGUAUGUAUACAUAUAGCGUGUGUGCCACAUCUCGCGAGCAGGAAACAAAAGAAUACUACUGACGGAGACCGGCCGAUACGCGCACGUAAUAUUCCUGCAGCUUUGUCUGUAGUACGGAAGGAUCGCAAGCGCUAAACGCGGAACAUAUAAAUAUAUAUAUUUGGUGCGAGGUGCUGUUUAUAAAAACAAAACGAGAGAGAGAGAAAGCUUCCGGCGAGACAGACGACGCUCGGAGAUUGGGUAGUGAGAUUGCGUGUUUGUUAAGCCGUUGGUUCUCGCUUGUAAUUUCAUUUUAUGUUUUUUUCGCGGCCACGGUGCACUUGUGGUCGGCGCCCUCGUCGUCAACAUCGUCGCUUUCAGGGCCGAGCGCGCCCAAAACGCUACUAGAUCUGGCGGGAGAUAGUUAAAAGAAAACAAGAUGGCUGAACCAACCUCUCCGCUGUGUGUAUAAGAAAGAAUGUGUAAGGCUGCGGAUGGGCCCGCAGACCUUGCAGCCCGUGCAUUAUACUCGCAAAAGAUGUGCACUGUUGAAAUCUACAUGAAGCAUCGCGCUGUAGUUCUCUUUGCCGCUUCCGAUGCUGUUUGCGCACCCGUUUAUGUUUGACAUCUGAACCGAAACGCUGUUAUUGAAGAGGGAAAGAAUGAAAUAUAUAUAUACAAAUAUAUGUAUGUGCAGAAGUGUAGUUUGAAAACGAGACAUCGUCUUGGCUUCUAUAACAUAUAGUGGCUAUCUGCGACAACACGUUUGUGCUCAUUCUAAAUAUCUAACCCGACGCAUUGUAACAAGCCAUUCGCAGAAUUCCGUUGAUGUUCCCUCUAUCUCGCUCUUAUGUGUUGUUCACGUAUCUCGGUAUACUAUAUACAUACAUAUAUAUCCAUGUAAAGGGAUGAGCAAACGCUGAUCGCAGGCGCGUGAAAUCUGUCGAGAUUGCAAAAAGCGAUAACGUACACUCGCUGUAUAGUUUUGUAGGGUUCAGCUUCUGGCUUUCAUCAGCACGCGUCAGCGCCGGUUGAGUCGUACCGCCGCUUAUAGCGCAUUUCAAUCGACACUCGACCCCCGCCGGCCGGUUCGUGAAUUCAAAACUUUUUUCACUCCCGUAUAAAGCCCACACACCGCGCGUCUAUGUAUAGAGGCAACAUCCGCCGCGCUCUCGCUGUUAACGCUCUCUCGGUCGACAUCGGCGCGAAUGGCGGUCGCUGUGAUUUUUUUCCACUGAAGUGCUGGCAAUAAGCGUGUUCCCUCCCUCCCUCCCCACUCUCCCUUUCUCUUUUCCCCCUCUCCUUUAUCCGGGGACGAACAAGGAACGAAACGCGCGCGUCUCUUACUGUGUGUCUGUGUUGUGUGUGAUCGGGUUAACGGGUCUUUCUCGGUGUGCUCCUCGAGUGUAGAAGAUGCGUAGCGUGCUCUUUUCUUUCUUCGCUUUUUUUCUUCCUGUCUGGCCCUGAGUUCCGCGUCAUUUGGAAAAGGUGGCGAGAGCGUGAGUGCUGUGCUGUCGCCCCGACGUGGCGUGCAUCUUCGUGGCAGCAAGAUAUGCGGGCGAAUGAAGCCUAAAACAUCAAUGAAUCAACAAUCUCGACCGAUCGUUCACUUGACAGCGCCCGACAGAACAAAGACAACCUACACGCAAACGAAUACCGCGAAAGGUUUUCCUUCUGGCGCACUGCGAGUCGAUAACAAACAGGCCGGAACACUGUCGAUUCAUAAUUUACCGGAGACGUACUCACUUCGGUGCAGCGUGUUGUCUUGCAAGACGCCUUGUUGGAGUGACGGGCAUGUCCUCUCCACUGGCUCAGCCAGUCAAUGCGUGCUAAGAGUGAUAGAUCGCCAGUUUGACCUUGUGGCGUCUGUGUGUCCUACCAGAAGCGCCCAGCUGGUCGGCGGCAAGUGACCCGAACCAUAAUUAGGUCAUAUUACUGGGAUGCGGCUUCACGCCUAAAGUGAUGACUUUGUAAUUACAAGCACCAUAAGGGAGGCAGGGUGGUGUGAUUAAAUGAGGAAAUUUGCAGCCAUAAGAUGGAAUCGGCUGUCGCUAUAGACAAGGGUAAUUGGAGAUCGUAUGGGAGAGGCCUUUGUCCUGCAGUGGACAUAAACAGACAGAUGAUGAUGAUGAUCACGUUGAAAUAACAAUCCUGCCCCACUUACAUUGCGACGAUGGUAUGGUUAUAACGUCACGUAACAUGUCCUUACGGGACACAUAUCAUAUAGCGAGAUGUCGGACGGCUUGGCGCUGAAAAUGCCUCUUUUCCUCCGCCACGAGCUGUUUGAAGGUGAUACGACACGCGCUAUAUAUGAUGAGCAACAAUGUUAAGAGGAAAAGCAUUGUAAGGUGCGACGGAGGGAAGACCUGCGACGCUCCUGAAAUGUUACAAAACACCGUUACUGAUUCGCCUCACUGCUGUAGCCUCACGCUGCUUACGGAGAUAGGAGGCCACGUUCGUUCUUCCGGGAAUAAUGGAACAGAAUCUCGUCUGCCUCGUGUAUUAAGCUUGACUUGGAUUAAGUUGUACUUGUUUUUAUUUCUUCUUUUUUUCUUCCUUUUUCUUUUUUCUCAUCAUUCUCGCCACUGGCUAGAUACUUUCCUUGUUGCCUACACCGCUUAAUGCCAGCUACUUUCACUGUUGCAUCGCACGUGAAAACAGAAACAAAAAAGAGCAAUACGAAACGACCAACGACGCGUGCUUUGACGUGUACUACGCUUUCGUGCCAGACCAUGGCAGCUUGGCAGCAAACUUCGAUCUGCGUGCCGUUACAGACAUUCAGCGACAUUCAAACGAGGCGACUGGUGGAACGUUUAACACCGACGCCUGGUGCCUAUUUCUCUCCCGUCAUUCCCCGCUAAGCCCCGGAGGUGACAGCACAGCUUCAUACGUCGCCGUUCCCUGGGGAAGGGGGGGCGGGCGGAUUCAAUGCCUUCCGUUAAUAGAAUCGUGUCGUAUCCUCAGCGAUGGCGUCGAACCAGUGUGUGCACUUUAGCGCUGGCGAUCGUGGCGACGCCGUGCGGUGAUGCGGGGUAGUUUGUACAUACAUACACGAAACAAAGACGACCCGGAAAGCGGACUGCCAGCUAAUUCUGCCUACACCGAACAGGACGGUCGAAAGAGAGGCUGUGACGACGGGGGACCGUUCUCUGUCGACAACAAUCACGUGGUGCCGAGGUGCCACGUCGUGUGUGUCUCUAUGUGUGCGUGUCUCUAUCUAAAGGGACCUUGCGUGUCUCGUGUCGUCGACGCCCUCUAACCGUACAGCCGCGUUCGCAGCGCACGUUCUACAGGUGACAGUGGCUGCACUGCUGACACUCUCGGAAUUCCAGGUGGCACACUUGACGCACGGGCUGAUUUGGGUGCUGAUCAGAUGAGUCACGAACAGAGAGGUAAUGCAAGUCGUUCGAUCUGUGUAUCCUUCUUUAUUCGCCUCGUUUUUUAAGGUUCUUAAAGCACACUUCUAGAUACGAUGGCACUAUUCUUCUGUGGCUCUAACAAAGACGGCAAACCAGACUUGUGCGUUAAUGCUUUUGUUCGUCGCGCGAAUCCUCCCACGCUAGUUCACUGGCACCAAAUAGCGUCGUGCCUUGUUCUGGCGCGGUCCGUGUGUCCUCUCCCACUUUUUUUCCUCACCUCAAUUGCUCGGCCGGCUAGCUCGGCAGGCUGGAAGAACAUCGAAAGUGUAUAACGCAGGCACCAGAACUGCGUCCUGUCGAGCUUACAAUGUAUGGUAGCAGCAUUGUUGCGCGAUCCUUGCCCUCAAGAAUGCUCUUCUUAUUUUUGUUCUGGGCUUUUUGACGAACAGCAGGUUUUCGGUUCCCCAUUAAAAAGUGUUCGCUCAAAUCGUUUAUUUUUUUUUUCAGUAUUGCGACAUUGUGACGCAGAGUCACGUUUAGGGAUGAGUGCUUCAUCGAGUUUCAUUUGCCAUUUGUGUUCACUUAGUUGAGAACACUGAUACUGGCAUCAGUAUAGAGGCCAGCAUGACAGUUUAGAUUACUUCUCGUUUUCUGUGCUCAGAUAACGUGUGUCUAAAAAAAAUCUAAAAGAUAAGGGGAACGAUAAGCUUCUGCUUGUUCAUUUGUAAGCAAAGACAUCACGGGAUGGAGUACUGUGAACAGAAUCGCGUAGGCACGUCGUCGUAUGAGGAACUAAUGCGGAAGGCUCUUGGCGCGUGGCAUCCGAGAUCUGCAAAGCGCGCAGUGUCUUUCGCGCGCGCCACCCAAUCGGGAAGCGCCAGAGCGACAGACGCACGUCAGCAGUAGACUGCAUGCCUCAGUACUUUUUUUUGACAGAGGCUUCGAGGUCGCGAGGCACGUCAUCCACGUAGAACUGGCUGAACGCUGUAUUACGGCGCUGUGAGAACUGCACGGCGGGUGUCUGAGCUGUUGGUCUCUGACGCACCAUACUUUAGACAUGUCUUACGUUUAACUUCUGUUAUCGUUAUCUUAUCGUUACUGAUCAACAAAAUGCGCGCUUUACUGGUGCGUUUAUCAGCCGCCGUUGUGAUACACGUCCGUGCGGAGAGUGCUGCCAUCUGGGAUUCCGCGCAUCCAGUGGAUCGCGCGCUGCGUCGUCGCUUAUUUCAUUUUUUUUUUGGUCCACCACCCCCACCAACCGCGCGUUCACUUCGACCCCCGACCCCGGUGCCCUUGAAACACGCGAGCGGUCGCCGACCGCCUUCGACCCCGUGACCGGCGCACCGAUCGACGGGCGCCGGGGAGCCGAGGACAGGUCGUCGUCUCAUCAAACAACAAAAAAACAAGCCAAUACUGCCAGCGGCGUCGACAUAGACGUCGCAGUAAAAUAAUAAUAACAAUAAAAAAAGGUAGAUCAUCCGUACACGCCCAUCGCUUUCAAUCUCGCCUCGCCAAUUCCCUUUCCUUUGCUGGAUUCCUCUUUCUUCAACUGCUUGCACCGUACGACUAACGUCGCUGCGAUUCCUUGCACGGUUGCGCACCUAACUUGCGGGGAGCUUAAAAAAAAAAAAAAAGACGUGGCACGCAAACAUGGCGGUGUCAUAAAUGAGGUCACUUACUGCGUCAUUGAGUUUGUUGUGACCGAUAAGAGCGAAAUUCCCAAACGUCAUUCGCACUUGUGUGGCAUUGCACCUCGGACAGGCGUGGACAUUUUAGUACUACGGGUACAUUUCGUUAAGAGUGCUGGACAAUUGGCGUCGCGCGCGCUCAAGUGCAACCGUAUCCUACAAGUUUGUUAGUAUCACUACCACCGCGUGGUGAACGCAGCCGUUCCUGUUGAAAGUCGUGAAGUUUAUCGCUAGUCACGUGUUGCGCGAGAACUAAAGUGGUCGCCUAUGUACUGCGUCGGUUGUCAAGCGUCUCAACUAUUGACGCGGAAGCUGUACCACGACUCGGAUAUAUUUCUGGUCCCAUCUCCUUACGCUUUUUUUCUUUUCCCCGCUCUUUCUAGAGGAGUUAUGCAAGAGUGGAGCUCGCGCAUAAAUUGGCCACUUCGGGUCUGAACGCGUUUCCCGUAAACGUCGGCAGUGUAUCGACUAUUUCGCCGUCAACGAACUGUGUUUCUGUGCUGCGUCUGCUCGAGCAACAUAUGCGUUCCACUUGCGCUGUGUCGUUUAACGAUAAAGCGCUGGCAGACAUCAAUACUUCUGCAACGCGCGUACAUGACAUGAUAUAGCCCUUCGGCUCUAUCACGUCACAGAUGCCCACCUCCAGUUUCGAAUGUGAUUUCAGUUAUUGAACGAAUAACAAUAAUAACAACAGUACUGUAGACCAAUGAACAGUACUCGCAGAGAAUACGAUGGUCGCGCACCGCGGCAAGGAAUUCGGCGACGGUACGGCGUUGCACAUUCCACGCUUCUGCGAGACGUCACCGCUUAGACGUUGGGUGGAGCCUGUAUACGAGGUUGCAGCCGUGUCGUAUACUUUCCGCCACUGGCUUUUUGUUAGAAACAUUGCCUCUGAGAUCGGGCCCCAUAGGGAGGGUAGAGUAUGUCGGAGGCCACGUAGCGGGCGAGCGAAGUGAUUUUUUUAAAAAAAGGAGAAAGAAACGUUGCCCGAGAGUCACUGCGUUCGGCUGAUUGGUGUUCGGCCGCCUGCGAUUGAUCCCUCUUCCCCCGCCAUUGAUUGCCUGCUGCCGCUAUAUAUUCUGGUCCCCCAGCAUAGCCUUCGUUUCGUUUUGCGACAUGGUGCUAAAUGUGAUGACUAAGCGUAUACCGCGCGCCCGCUACUGCUGUUGCUGCGUUGUUUUCUCUUCCUUUUCUCUGUUUCUUCUUUUUCGUUUUGAAUUCCCGGGCGCCAAGUUCUCAUCCACAAGUGGACUGCCUCGUGUUUCGGUUGUCGUUCUUGUACUCUAUACCGACUAUAUUAUAAAUAUAUAUAUAUACAUAGAAUAUACACGUACUUAUUCUCCUUAUACAUAAUGUACGAUGAAAAAAAUAUACAUAUAUAUAUACACACACACACACACACACGUGGGAGCGGUCACGUGACCGGUAGUGGAAGGAAAGAGAACGCUCUGCUCUUCGAUAUACACGACACGCCGCGGGCGCGUCACAAGCAAUAUAUGGCCCCCUCCUUCCUCCCUACCUCGGAGCUUCCCCGCUAUGCUCGCUGUUCGGCCUUUCCGGCGCAGAGUGUGGCGCAAGCGUGAUUCGCUCGCGCUGGCUUAGUUUGUCGCAGAUGUCAGGUUUAUGUUUUGGAUUUUAAAAAAAAAGAAAACGAUGCUCCUGUCUUCAGCCAUAUUUAUUUUCUUUUUUUUUUUAAUUGCCGAUGAAAGCCGUGCAUCGCAGAGGUCCGGUAACGCAGGUACAGUUUCGUCGCGAAAAAAAAAAAUUGUUUAUUCGUUUAGCCGAACUUACGACAUUGUGAUUGCCGACAUAAUCGAGUCGCGAUACGGCGUCGGAUCCGGUUCCCCUUUUCUACACGACUGCGUUUAUCGCUGUAGCUACGGGGCCCAUACGUAUACCGGGCGCGCUUGGUAAUAUAACGAAAUCGGUUCUUUUGCUACCUCACGCAACUCCCGUCACGAUCAGUGUGGCGCGUACCGUCGAUUGCGUGUGCAAAACCGAUAGGGUCGAGACUCGCGUCUUUGACACCGAGGUGUUGUUGCGCAUCGUAUUCUUCCGAUAUGCUGGCCACCAUUGAUCGUACGAGCUUUCGAGAGACAAAGUGUCGAGCAGCGGGGGAUGGACGCAUUGAACGCCGUGUUCCAGCUGUCAUUUGCCGUGACUGCGGAGUGGGCGUUGAUCGGGCUCCGUGAAAUAGAAACGGCAACCUUCGGCGGGCGCUGAAUGAUGCGCAGAGAGUGUAAGUUCCGUGCUCGUGAUCGUCGCUUGUGGUUUGCCCUGUCGUCGACAUCUUGUCGCUCCGUGGAGAUCUGUCGAGUAAGCAGAGCCCUUACGUUGAAGGUUGUGCACGCUGUGACAUCUCCGGCUCCACUCGUGACUCCAUCUUGGGCUUUCGAAAAGAAAAAAAAAAUGCAGGUCGCGACGUAGGAGGAACAGCGUCGUGCCAUGUAGUCCGAAAGUCUCAUCUGACUGCACGAGCCGCUAUAGCUUAAAAACAUUCUGCGGAGCCACAAAUAAUAAUUAUAAUAACAAUAAUAAUAAUAAAACUGGAGUGACAGAGUUUCAAAUAGAUCAACGUCUUUCAUGCGGCACCGUUUCUUUCGUUUCUCUCUAUCUAUCUCUCUCUUCACUUUCAGAUGUUAAUGAGUGAUUCCAUUCUGUCGCGUAUAUUUACUUCUCACUCUUUGUUUCGACGUCAUUCAUUCUGUGGCGUUUAUCGUGAUAGGAGGAAAGGCGACAAGCCAUACACAUUCGACGGCGUACGUGAUGUGUUCAACAUACCGAUGACGACAGUAAUAACGACGCGAACAGCCCUUCCCCCACCCCCACCCACACACCCGAACCCUCAUUAAACUCGCGUAAUUUACCUAUUACCCAAUGAGCCUCCCCCUACCCUCCAGCCCAUUGUUGCUUGACGACCCAAUAAUUCCUCAGCGAUCCGACGCGCCCGGCUUGGUGCCUGUAGGUUUUUUUUUUUUUUCGUUGGCGUCGUUCGCCACGCCGUAUUCUCUUCCGCAUCGUUGUCAGUGGGCGUGCGCUGUAUGACACGCCCGGUCGUUUUGGUCUUUUGCUUCCUUUCGGAAGGAACGACCGAGUCGACGCGACGGUGGCGUCUUUUUCUUCUCAGAGCCCGCGCUCAUCGGUGUGUGCACAACCAGAACGGCGGAGUGAUGUCGGCAGAGUGGAUGUGCGCGUUUCCUUUGCUCCUUUUUGAUCUUCUCGAUUCACCUCAGUGUGCUCGUCUCUUGUACGCGACAGAGCCGUGUUGUUUCCUUCUUGUACAUAGGGUGCCCGUUCUUGUAAAUAUAUGAUAUGUAUGUAUAUCUCUCUUUAUCUGUCUUUGACGCGAGUCUAUAUAUAUUGAAUAUAAAUAAUAUAUAAUUAUGGUACUCGACGUGGCGUAAUACGCGUUUCGCCCACCACGCCAGCGUUGAGCUGUUCGACUGCUCUAGGUGGGGGGGGGGGGGGGGGGCUACAGCCCCGCGAUCGUCUCCUCCUACUCCUCCACCUUCCCCCCACACCCCACACCCUCACUUUGCCUCGUUCCUAUUUCCUCGCCCAAGGAAUGAGCUUGGAGAGGACAGACCGUUGGCCCGCUAAUUCCCUGUCGUUGCUGGUCUGCGAGAAACCUGCUGUGGAACCGUGGUGAAGCAUGAGCACCGGGAAAGCACCAGAUCUGCGACACUAAGAUUCGCUCUGUCUAAACAUCUAUGGUGGUGUGUUUGUUGUAGUGUACAGUUGCGUUCUGGGAUGCUUACAGCAGAUAAAUAGCUAGGCAUUCAAAAGAUCAUUGAUUAUCUUUUACUUUAAUUUUUAUAGAAACAAAGGUAUGCAGUUAACCACGUCGGCGAGAAACGGUCAAAAGUUGCUUUGAAGUAAAAAAAAAAGUUGAAAAAAAGAAAGACAGCGAGAAUGAAGGGACGAAAUACAUCUAAUAGUGAUAAUAGACAAGACGUGGUAUACGUUUAUCAUCUGUUCAGGUGAGGAAACACUGAGUAAUAGAAACGCGCUUGAUUGCAAUAUGGCAGCAAACCUGUCGUUUUCAUACUGCUCCUUUGCGUUCGGGUACGUCUCGAGAGCAACAUAAAACUUCAACGUUAUCGUUAUGGGGGCGUACUUGCAGACACUUUCAUGACGAUUGCUUGCAAUGUGAAGGCCAGAGCAGAAAAAAGAUAUUCCUUAGGCAGAGCGCAGGAAACUACUGACGCAUACUAAUGGGGUACAGCUAUGCCACCAUGGUUUUUGUGUUAGAAUUUGCAGGCUGACCAUCGGCUGGCUUUCGGGUCAACGGUUUGUUGGUCCUCUCCCUCGCUCUUUCCCCACAUGCACCCUCCCCCCCCCUCCUCGCGCCGUUUCUCAGUAGCCUUGUGAAAGCGGAUUUACUCAAUCAAACGAUGCUGCCGCGUUCAUUGUUACUACCAGGGCAAUCCUACAAAGCGACACCGGUACCGCAAAUGCUCACGCAGUGGGCUUGAAUAUCGAACGGUGAUAAUGCAUUCAACACACAAUUGGUACAUUCCGGCUGUUUUCCUGGAUGCAUCCGCUGUGUUUAGUCUGAUGUUCAGGACUUUUCGAGCUCUAUCGCCAGGUGUAAUUUGGCGUUUGAUAGGUGUUUCCCUCCGCUGUUCUGUCACCGUCUGUGUGGUCCCAGUGAUGCCGAUUCAAAGGCGACUGGCCUGCAUUUUCUGCGUCGCUGAACCCGAGAUAGCCGCGGAGAAAUACCGUGUGCGCAGCCUUCAUCGCAGUGAGCCGUCAGAAUUACUGCGCCCCUGAAAAGAGUUCCAUGCACAUUUGGCCCGCAAAUUACAGAUUGUCUAGAAAUCCAGCCGCACACUUACCGUGUUUUGCAGCUUCCUGACGCGUUGACGGCAAUCUCUAGAUGUGGCCGCAUUCAUUUCGUGUACUGACUUUGUAGUUUCCUGUCUUAAAACGUUCAGUGUUUGUCAAGUCACAUUGCAGAAGUGCGCGUGUUGUGCUCUCCACCGAGACGAACUUUCCGAAUACGCAUGUGCCUCUAUACGCUGCGCCUCUCAUCCACGCCUGUGCCCUGUGGAGGAACAGGGCGUGACGUCAGGUCCGAACACAAGCGAGCACGUGACGUGACGGAGACCGUACAUGACGUGGGUGGGUAACAAACACCCUGUUGCUGCGACUUGCAGAUAAAUUAGCGAAUUUCUGUGUCACGUGUUGUCACGUCCGUAGCUCGCUGCUACUGCUAAAAAAACAUUGUAAGCCUUCGCUUAAGUAUUUCUUCUCUCUUCUUUAUUUAUUCGCCCCGUGCGUCUUGCUGUCAGCGUCGCUACGAAAAUGCAGGCAGUCGUUCCGUCACCGGCGUCCGUCAUGCGUGGCCUCUAAGAUCGCGCCGAUCUCUGAGGCCACGCAUCAUACUGCGGUGGAGCGUUCGUCGGCAAGGGAUGUCGCUCGAGUAGCAGACUUGCGGAGAAAGAGAGCCGAGUGUGGAAGGGGGAAAAUAUACUAAAAAGUGCAAUUCAUUGUCUGGUUCUGCUCUCGUUACCACAUGCUUGUUAAAUAAUAUUAGAUCGGUCGGUAUAACCGCGUGUAUGAGCGGCUGUAUUAGCGUGCGUGAAGUCGUCGCCCUUUCCACGCGUUCACACAGGAUGUCUGUUCGUGAAUGCCAUUUGCGUGCGUUCUGUGGCAACAAGCAACCUCUGCAGGAGAGAAAUGUCAAUAAAGCAGCACACUAUCUGCUAACCGCCUGCGUCUUGUCUACGUCGCAACACGGAACUGAAACUGUAAUACCUGUACAUCGUUUCGUUCUGGUUGGGAACAAUUCAGAAAGUUGUUCUCUUGCAUGCUUACUUCAGUUUUGCUUUAAGGUUAACACGUGCUAGAGACGCCUCGUUUUGUUGCAGUCACAUCUCAGCCUUACUCGUAGAAGUACAUCUGUAUCAAUAAGUUCUGCAUCGGCGUGCUGACGUAGAGGCGCCGAAUUCACACAGCCUGUAGCUCGCAAGUGUUCUUUUGUCCGCCGCUUUCGCUGAUAAUGUGUCCAGUAUCUAGGUUAGCUGAAAAAAUUCUCUGACGAACAACCCUAUGGCAUAAGAGCUUAUUAUAAAUGCGGGUGGCGGAUUGUCAUCUUCCUUUCUCCUUUGUUUUUCGUUUGUUGAUAAACUCCUGCAGAGGUUUCCACAGCAUGUAUGAAUCCUCUCUGGUACUUUCCUACGUGACGCUCUUGUAGAGUAUAUUUGAAAUUCCUUUUUUUUCUUUGUUUGUCGAUGUGACUCUAUAAAAGUGCUACUGUAAAUGCAUCCAACCACGGAAGAAAAAAAAGUGACUCUAAACCAGUGUUUACCGCGCUUACAACCAGGUUCAUUCGACGACCGUCACGAAUGGGCCGUGCAUAGAGCAACGAACUCCUUUUCUACGUCACUUUGUGAGGACACGAAACAGUAGUGUGUCGUGCGUGUCUCGUAGAGAAAAAGAGUGAGAGUGAACGGUGAUGCGAGCCGGAAACGUCACGCCUCUUUUCCUUUUCCCCGCCCCAUCCGUCUUCUCGGUGUUCUCUUUGAAACCUUUCAAGAAGAGCUGUCCUUGAGAGCGACGUCUCGCCUGUCGAGUUGACUUCUUACCCCGUGCUUUCGCCCCGUUUCAGUUUUGUUUUGAAAGUGCUGCUAGAACCAUCUGCGUGUCGUAAAUGCGAAGAGCAGUUGUAGACGAGUCUAGAACGGAAGUGGGACGAGGAGGCGCGGGGGCAUCGCGUCGCAAUUCGGUAGACAUACUACAGGCGCAUGUGAUCGUCGAUCUUUUCCGCAGACAGAGACAAUGAGCACGGUUUCCAGCUGCCUUAUUCAGCCAACAAAGCUCGCUUCUGGGUUCGUCUAGGCGCAAGACCUAUACCUGCAUAUGCUUUAGUUUUCCUUUUUUUUUUUACAAAUUUGGAUCGCGAGUUCAGAUUUGAGCGUUGAGCCUCAUUUCAUUAAGUCGUGCCUGACGAUGAACGCUAAACAUUAUUUUAAGCUAAUUUGUGUAUACAGUGCGUUUCAUAUACGGACGUAGCAGCCUGAUCGGUGUGCAGGCAAUGUUAACCAUUACAUUCUAGGUGUUCUUCUCAAGCAAAAGUUGUUCACAUGACACGUUUGGCAGACAUCGGCAAAAUGAUAGUAUGCGUCUUCAUACGUGCCUGGACCCGAGUUGUGUAGCAGGCCUUUCAGUGGUACCGCGUCUCAUCUACUUCGUCAGCGGAUGCUACGGGUAUCGUCAGCCAAUCGGGAAGGAUAACUUGUUGCAUGUCCGAGAGAAGGAAGGGCUGGGCCACUGUGCACUGCCACGAAUCCUUCCGUUAAUCCUUCCGUGAACGAAAGGAUUAGCGGCGGACCAUGGGACAAGCAUUUCUCCAGCUCCUGAUUGGCUGACGCGACCUGCAGUGCGCAGAUAAAUAAAGAGAUAUCGCGUUUAUAGCACUGCACGGGCCACCGUCGAUCGGUGUCAUUCCCAUAACACAGCCUACGCAGUUUAAUCACAGGGCUGAUUCCUUCUAUAGUUUCGGAUUCACGUAGCGCGCUUAUGACGUCAGUUGUGGUAGCGGUGAUGGGCAGCGUCCCCUUCCGCACAACGUGGCGCGAUGCCAAGCCCCCUCGUUGCCCCCCUUCUAUUAACUUGCUUUCUCUUUGCGCUUCGUCGUAUAUAGACAUCUUUCGGGUUGUACAUACAAGAGACAGUAAUAAUACCUGUUGGAAUAGAUAGGUAUUGCCGACAAUAACUGCAAGUGCGUGUGACAAGAAGGAAUGAGAUAAAAAAAAAGAGCGCUAGCAGAGCUCUGGGCAUUGAGUCGACAACUUUCACAGGGGCUGUAGUAUAAUAUACCAUGGGGAAGAGACCCUGGCCGAAAGGUGUGUCAUAACGCUUCUCUCAUAAUGAUCGUCUGUAAAGCUUGAGUCAUAUAUAGCUGGGCUCGCUUUUCCAGUUUCUUUUUUUUUUCUCUUUUUCACGAGUCGAGCUUUCCACGUUGUCUAUAUUAGGGUGAAGAUGCCGCGAGAGUUGUACGUAUAACGGCAUUCGGUCUUAGGCCUAACCGAUCCCUGUGUGCGCGUAUAUCGGGUGUGGCCAGGUCAACUAGUGAUAUCUGUGUGCAGCCGUUUUGGAGCCAUCGCGGGUUAUACUCUGCUAUACUGACUGUGAUUCUGUUCGCUUUGCUUCCCCCCGUCUUUCUCUCAGAGUGAUGGUGGCGAUGCUGAUGGUGGUGGUAUAUGGUAGCUAUACAACGUAGUUAUAUAAUAACGCGCGGGCAGUUUUAUCGCCUCGUUGCACUCUGCGCUAACAGUCAGUUUAUUUCACUCUUUUUUCUUCCUUGAGCUGUACACGCCAUUGGUCGCGGCAUUUUCAUUCUUGUUCUUUUGUUUUCGCUAUCUUACUUUCAAACUGACAGUUGCACGUGAAAACUUGACGCGCGUGUCGUUGGUUUCACGGAGAUGCGAUCGUCCUUCGGGGGGACGACGUUCACGUCAGUGACUUUGGCCGAGGAUUCGCUUCCAGACCGAGGAUCGUCUUCCGUGCAAGAAGACACUGCCCCGUUCUUUUUUUCUACAACUUUCUAUCGUGGACCGAUGAAACCCGAGCGAAAUGAUUCGACCAGCACAUCAUCCGGCGGAAAUAAUUUGGAUUGGUCUCUUCGAUUAAAGCUUUUGGCGUAACGAAUUCUACCCUUAUGCGCAACUUUUUUUAAAACGAGAUUGUUGCUUUUUCGUUAUACUCAAUUGCGUACGAAGUUUGCACGUUCGUAUUUACUUUGUUCGCGACUGUACUGCUCGACAGUAUGCUGCUUUCCUUGAAACUGUGCCACGUGAAACGGUGAAAAGUGAGCGCGCAUUUCGCUGACCAGUCAUGGACACACAAACACACACACAAGAAAAAAAGCGUUUCCCGGAUGCUUUUCGAUCCGGAAAGACCUGUUGUGACGAACGUCUAUCUUGUUGUCGUUUCCUAUUUUUUUUUCUUUUGGAUCUGUACAUUAGAUGGUUAAACACAAAUUAACCAUCUUCCUUAAAUUAAGCUGACGAGCAUCUCUGUUUGCGCCUUCAGCAGCUGCGAAGAGUGGACGCUUAUCUCUCUUCUGUGAGAAAAACGCUAUGACAUGCGCGGUUAACGUUUUUUUUUUAUUUUGUGCAGUAAAUUGCGUAAGGCACUGUCUAGUAAUAUUGCUCGCGCAUGCGCUUUCGAACCGUGUGUAUAUAAGUCCUCAAUCAACAGACUGUAUACCGCGUAAAAUGUGGCCCGCCCGAAGCCAUGAAAUUCAGGCCAUGGCUCCGCAUGAUUUAGCUUGUCUGUCCUCUUCGCUUUGUGGCAUUCUCUUUGGAGUCUUGGUCGUCGUGUUCACAUGACAGGUGCAGCGCAGUUAUUGUGUCACCGUGUACCGACUAGGCAAGUCGUCUCCAUAUACCGUGGCGAACAGCGUAUAGCGGAGCGAACCGGAAAAGCUGCUAAGGUAUGAGCGCGUUCUUUUUCCGGGCGGCGAACACAACGCGAACUCGUGGCGAAACUAAGGUUUUUGGCCGCCGAGCGAAGCCCCGCUUCGUUUGAACAGUCGUUGAACAAUCAUUCCUUCGGACCGAGCUCUGGCGAUAUGACAAGCCGCGACGCUGUCGAGCAUAUCGCUUGCACAGAAUGGGUGACGCGCUGCUCCCGUGUGCGUCCAGGCCUGGAGUUCAUUUUGGAUGAGUUCAGGCCUGGAGUCCAUUCUGGAUGAAACGUGGCUCGCAUACAUAGAGGAUUUUUCGGGUUACUGCCCGUGGUUUGCGGCCUUACUGCGGUACGCUGCUUGGUCGCUAAAAACAAUCGGAUUGAUGCGAGAGCGCUGAACAAAAAACAAAAAAAGACAAGAAAUGGAAGGAGAAAAAAAAUACAAACGAUCGCGAGACAUGCAAACGAAGGGUGAGAAAAAGCAGUUACUGGCGAGAUUCGUUUCGAUUCCUUAAAUAGGACUGAUUUCGUUUGAUAACGAAAAAGCAUGUCAAAAGCGAAGUUCAACUGUCCUGCUCCAUUUUUUUUCCUGCCACCGAUAUCGAUUCCGUUACCGAUAAGCAAAGGGUAAUGACACCGCACAGAUCCUAAUAUAUUGCACCUCCGUGCCCUGCGACGAAGCGACUUUGGCAUUGCUUCAAAAAAAAAAAGAGGAAAGGAAAGGAAAGGCCUGCGAUGGCAAAGGUGACACGAUUUUACGUACACGCGUAAUUCGUUCUGUGCGAGCGAUAUGCUGCAGUCACGAUACGCUGGCCUGCGCAGGCGCCCAGUAUUUGCUCGCGGUCUGCGCUCUCUGAUAUGCGGAUGUAUGCCGAGGUGAAAGAUCACGAAAGUGCCACUCAACCUCUCAAUACAAACACCAAUGUUACGCGGACGUGGGGAAAUAAAAUGUGAAAGUUUUUUUUUUUUUCGUUCCCUUCACUUCUGAAUUCGUUACUGGAGAGUGUGCCUAUAUGGAGCUACGCUAGACAUUGCAUAGCUGGUUGUGCAGAUCAUUGCCCACAAGACGUUGUAACGGCUGGGGUGUGCUAAUAUUGUUUAGAAAGUAAAAAAUUUUUUUUUCUUUGCAAAUCCGGUGUAUAAGCUGAAUCAUCGCGCUUGUCUUCCUUCGAACAAUGGGGUUGGCAAGAAAGGAAAACACAAUAAAACAAAAAAGAAACAACACAAGGCUUGACACUUCUAUGCACUUUGUUUCUUUUGGCUCGUUCUGUUUCGAUUCUUUCCUUUGUGUACAUAAGAUGCGAUAUGAAAUAAACGACUGUUCUGCCCUCUUCUCUCGA